AUGGCGCCCUGCCCUGGCGUCGCGGGCGUGCACGCGCGCUGGACGGCGCGGGCGCUGGCCGGCGCCUUCCUCGACCUCGCCAUCGUCUACGCCUUCCUCUGCGCCGCGGCCGCCGCGUCCGCGGCCUCCGCCCUCCUCGCGCUCUUCCGCCUCCGCCUCCCCUGCACCUGCUCCCGCCCGCACCUCCCCUGCCUCUUCGCCUUCCUCUUCCGCUACCCCUCCCGCGUCCUCGAGUCCCUCCUCCUCUCCCUUCGCUCCCGCUUCCCCUUCGUCUUCAACUCCGACGACGACAGCCAGGACGAGGGGGAGGGCAAAGCCGAGUCCGUCGAUGAGGAAGAGGAGGAGGUGAAUCUGAAGCGGGAGGUGGACGAGGGGAAUGACGUCUCGGCGCUGCAGCAGGAGCUGGACAAGGAACGCAGCGCCGCAGCAUCCGCGGCCGAGGAGGCCAUGGCGAUGAUCCUGCGUCUGCAGAAGGAGAAAUCGUCCUUGGAGAUGGAGGUGCGGCAGCAGCGCCGCACCUCUGAUGAGCGCUGCGCCUUCUACGAGAAUGAGGUGGAGGAGCUCAAGGACAUCUUGCUCAUGAGGGAGCGCGAGACCAGGUCUUUGCAGAAAGAGGUGGAGUCCUACCGGCGGAUGCUUGGUCUCACCGGGGAUGAUGAUGACGAGGAGGUGGAGAUGAUGACGCCGCACAGUUACUUUCUAGAGGGCGAGCCAAGCUCUUCCAGAUCGCUUGAUAAGAAUGCGGGGGUUCAGCCUGGGAAUAAUUCUGUCUUCAGCUUCCAGAAGCACUUCGCGCGCCAACAAGUGUCGCCCAUUCGUGUGGGUCGUGUUAAGGAUGGGAAUGAGGACAGUCUGCCUUUUCAGGCACUUGGAGAAGUUCCUGUGGCCGGAUCGAAAUUGGGGGCAGAUAGAUGCGAAGAUGAUGGCACGGAGACGGUGGUAAUUCUCCCCCUAUCUGCCCGGAGUUUGUGCUUGCCCCAAUCUGCACGAUGUCUGGAUCAAGGUGGUGAUGUUGAAGUUAAUGCUGCAGCUGGUAUGAAAGGUAUGGAAGAGCUGACUGCUGAUGAAUUUCAGGAGGAGGACAGUGGGCGGCUAGACAAGACUUGCCAUGAUUUUAUGGCAAGCGACAAUGAUGCAAAUAUAUUUGAUGUGCAUGUUGUUGAUGAUAUUUGCUUCUCCACUGAAGUUAAAGGCCUGAUUGGUCGAAGCUUCUCUGAUGCAACAAUGCAAGCAGACAAGUUGCAGAAUCGAGCUGCCGCAGAUGAUCUCCUGGGGAAAAGUCUGAAUGCGAUCAAAGGUGCACAAAACAAGAUGAGGCUUGCAGCAAGUGGAAGGAGGCAAUCAUUACAGUUGCAACUCUUAGAGGAUAUAGCUGACCAACUUCAAGAAAUCAAAGAUGUUGCAGAUGCAGGGCGACACUUACACUGUAUUUCUCCUAAAAUUUCAAAGAAAAGCUAG